AUGGCCCCUUCUCAGCUCCCCCCCAUCUUCAACCCUACCUCGCAGGACAUUGAGAACCUGCUGGCGGCCCAGUGCCACCUGGGUUCCAAGAACCUCCAGGUGCACAUGGAGCCUUACCUCUGGAAGACUCGUCCCGACGGUGUCAACGUUAUCAACAUUGGCAAGACCUGGGAGAAGAUUGUCCUGGCUGCCCGUAUCAUCGCUGCCAUUGACAACCCCGCCGAUGUCUGUGUGAUCUCCGCUCGUCCCUACGGCCAGCGUGCUGUCCUCAAGUUCGCCGCCCACACCGGUGCCACCGCCAUUGCCGGUCGUUUCACCCCCGGUAACUUCACCAACUACAUCACCCGCUCUUUCAAGGAGCCCCGUCUCAUCAUCGUGACCGACCCCCGCACCGACGCCCAGGCCAUCAAGGAGGCCUCCUACGUCAACAUCCCCGUCAUCGCUCUCUGCGACACUGACUCCCCCACCGACUUCGUUGACGUUGCCAUCCCCACCAACAACAAGGGUCGUCACUCCAUCGGUCUGGUCUGGUGGAUGCUCGCCCGUGAGGUCCUCCGCCUCCGUGGCACCCUCGCUUCCCGCGAGGUCGACUGGGACGUCGUUGUCGAUCUCUACUUCUACCGCGACCCCGAGGCCGAGGAGAACAAGGAGAUUGCCGACGAGACCAAGGUCCCCGGUGCUGAGGAGAUCGGCGCUGGUGCCAUCGAGUCCGGCUUCGCCGGUGAGAACUGGGACACCCAGGGUGCCGGUGCCGGUGCUCCUGGCACUGCUUUCUCUGCUGCUACCGCUGCUGCUGGCGCUACCAGCUGGGAGGCUGACGGUGGCGACUGGGCUGCCAGCGGUGCUGCCCCUGCUACUGAGAGCUGGGCUGAGACCCAGCCCGCUGACGCCAAGUGGUAAACAAAUCUAAAACAAAAUGGUGACGAGGACAGCUGAUGAGGAGGGACAUGAUAUUUAUCUUUUCUUUUCACAAGAAUAUGGCGAAAUCGAGGGGGGAAUCUUAACAUUUGAUCCAUAACUUCGCCAUCCUUUUUGACGAAUACCCGACAUCUUCUGCAAAGAAGAAUAAAUUCCCCUUGGCAUGUCUUAUCCUAGUCUCUGUUCCAAAAAAUAUUCAAAACCGAAAGUGAAAAAAGUGCAAAAGAAGCCUUUGAUUGGGAACCGUUCAACUUCCAACACUUCCCUUUUUUCCUUUCCGCCCCACUGGUAUGCUAUCACGGUAUCCUUUUUGUUUCCUUUUUGAAGAGACCUUUUUUAUGUCGUGCUUAUGGUGCAUCGAGGAGGAAUUGCAUUGUCAAAAAUUGACUGGCACUUACGAGGGAAAGAGAUCCAGUUGUUCUGUUCGUUCCAGUGAACUUCUGGGGGAAAGCCCUGUG